UCAUUUUUAAUUAAUUUAUCAAAGUAAAAAAAAAAAACAUGAUUCCACCAAACAAAAACACUCAAAAACACUCUUAGCCACUGACAAUGUUACCUAGUAUCAGUAAGUCAUUCUGGUUAAUGACCUUAUUGAUUAUGCAAAAUGGUGGGAUUUUAUUAUUCUAGGGACAUGGUAGAAUGGUUCAUUCAAUAUCAGGUUAUCUAGACAGGGUUUUUAAUCCGUGCUGGUAUAUCAACUGAUAAUAAUUUGUUUCUUGGUCUGAAAUAUUUGAUUUCUGUGAAUGUGUCUUUACAGCAUCUUGCCUUUGCAUUCAUCCAGUCCCAAAAAUCAUUGUUUUUGAGCACCAUGAUAUUGACUUUUGUUUUACAUUUCAAGAACGCAUCACAAAGCAAUCCACAUAAAUAUGUUGUUUAUCAUAACCAAAGUACAGUCCACAUUUAAAUUAGCUGGAUGCCUUUUAUAUAAUGUGCAUCAAGUCUAUUGCUGAUACACAAUGAGUGUGUCCAUUUCAUUAUGUAUUUCAACAUGCUGUUUUACUAUAAAGGUCACACUUCACAUCUUCAUUAUGAUUACAUAUGUACACCUGAUAUAGCCUAAUUGUGUUACGUGUAAUUGCACACACACAUUGACAUUGAAAUGCAGGUGUAAUUGCAUUGUUUAAAGGAUACUUUAUGUGAAUCCUAUCAAUUUAUCAACUUGAUUAUUAACAUCAACUUGAUAAAAAGGACUUGUCAUUUCCAAAUCAGAAAAUAUAUAUAGCUAUAUCAAAAUCAGUUUGGGCUUUAGAUUGUGCAUUAAUUUCAAGACAUGUUACCCAUGGACUCCGAUUCAUGACUUGGUAACAAAUACAACAAAUGCAGAGGAACUGUCCAGAUUGAUUCAGUGCAGUUUCCCAAAGUUAGUUUGGCCUCCAGCUGAGACGGUAUUUUAUCCUGGAUUUACCCAUGCCCUGUCCGUGUGCCAAGUCAUCCGACGCAGACGCAAUUCUGCUUUUUGGUCCAAUCAUUUGCUCACUCUUAGGAAUGUCACAUCUCAUUUUGGACAUUCAUAAAAUAUAUUUUCCUCAGCACGACCUUUGAUGACCGGAUGUAUUUCUGUAAAAACAUUUGGAAUUGAAAGGAACAGUUUUUUUUAGGUUGAGAUUUAAUCAAUGAAUGCCACCCCAAACAUUUUUCACAAAGGCUAUUAUAACGUUCAAAAAUUAUUUGAGAGUUAGGCUAUUUAAGGACGUGUUGUAACUUUUUUUUGCUAAAUCAAGUAAAUAAAAAAAUUGCAAGUUCCAAAUAAACACAUUUUAUCAUUAUUUUCAUGUUGGCAACACGCAGGUGUCCGUUCAUUUGUCAAUACCGGGUCCAAUACUCCCGCCUCACGACUGCUGCUCCGCUAGUGUUCUCCGAGGAUGACAGUCCAGCGGCAUCUCCGCCUUUACAUCGUGCACCCCCUCCCCUUCUCCUAGUCACACAUUCUCACUGUAACUCCAACUGUAGAUCACAGGUAAUAUAAUCGUCGAAAAAAAGGACCUUACGUCAAAGAAAAGGGAAGAAAGAAACAAGGCAAGCAAUGCUAUCUUCUGACAAUAUCUCAUUCAGUUUGAGAGCGCAGCAGGAUGAAUUUAAUCUUCUCAAGAUUCUUGGCAUACUUUUACUUCGGAUUCCAAGUUAUUCUACAGUUCUUCAUCGACCCUUGUCACCUCCAUCCCCAGCCGUGCCACAUUCUGGCGCAGAUAGGACACACCGUGCGCCUUGGUGCCCUUCUGCCCACUCGCCAACCGGCCAGAGUGCAGGCUGCCUUGAACCGCGCCCUCACCGGUCUCGUUCAAACUGGGGACAACUUUCUACCUUACAACCUGAGCCUGGAAGUGGUUCCUCGAGAGCCGGCCAACGGAGAUCCGGAGUCCCUUUUCAGGUGUGUUUGUCAGGCUAUCGUUGUUCAGGGGGUCUCCGCUGUUCUCGCCUUCCCCCAGACCCAGGAAGAGAUCGUACAAGUGGAAUUUAUGGCUUCUUUUUUGGAAAUCCCUUUUAUAAGCAUCAUUGAACACGGAGAGCCUCUGAAAACACAGAACCGCUUCCACUUGCAGAUGGUUACGCAGAUCCCCCCGUCAGGCCUGUCAGAGCUGCUGCUGACUAUUCUCCAGCGGAGCGGCUGGCAGGAGGGCAUGGCUGUGCUGUGCCAGGGCUGGGAGGAGGCUGGCCUGCUGGAACUACUGGAGCUCCAGAGCCGCCUUGGCUGGGGCGCCACACGCUGGCACCUCCGAGCCCUCCUCAAUCUCACCCGGGCCGGGCCCACAGAAUCCGAAAUCCAGGACUUCCUUUCGGAACACUUCCGGGGACAGGGGCCAAGUCAGAUCCUGCCACCGGCCGCGGUACUGCUGUUCGGGGCCGACCCGGAGUGUGCAGCAGCGGUGCUGCGGAGCGCCCAGGACUUGGGGCUGACGCUGCCCACAGUGCACUGGGUGCUGGGCUACCCGCUGAGCCCCGACACCCUGCACUCCAUCGGUCUGCCCCUGGGGCUGUUGGCCUACGGUGAGGUGGAGCGCAAGCCGCUGGACUUCUACAUCCGCGACGCGCUGCAGCUGGUGGGCCAAGCUGUGGCAGCAGCCACAGUGGUGCGUCCCGACCUGGCGCUCAUCCAGAACAUGGUCAACUGCUACGACAAGCCCAACAAGCACGAGGUGCCCUCGUCCGGACAGUACCUCGCCAGAUUCCUGUCUAACACGUCGUUCUCGGGGCUGACAGGGCCGGUGUCGGUGCAGAGGAACCUGUCCCGGGUUCUCACCUCUCAGCGCUUCCACAUCUGGAGCCUGCGGCGGGAUGCGGUGGGCCAGCCCACCUGGGUGACGGUGGGCAGCUGGGAGGGGGGCCGCCUGAAGGUGGAGGACCAGAGCCUUUGGCAGGGUCCCAAUGGCAAGGCCCACGACCGGGGGGAAGGCCAGAUGAGUGGGGGCCGGUGGCAGCCAGGCAUGCCUGUGGCAGACAGCCGGGUGCGGGUAGUUACCCUGGUGGAGCACCCCUUUGUAUUCACGCGGGAAGUCGAUGAGGACGGGAACUGCCCGGCGGGACAGUACUGCCUGGACGCAGGGACGAACAGCUCGGACAUGCUGGAGAGCUACUUCAGCGAGCGGGCCUCGGGAAACUCUACCUUCCUGCCCACAGACUACAGCAAGUGUUGCUAUGGAUACUGCAUUGACCUGCUGGAGAAACUGGCCGAGGACUUGCGCUUUGAGUACGACCUGUACAUCGUGGGUGACGGGAAGUAUGGAGCGUCGAAGAGCGGCCGCUGGACAGGGCUGGUGGGCGACCUGCUCAAUGGCGUGGCCGACAUGGCCGUCACCUCAUUCAGCAUUAACUCAGUGCGUAGUCGCGUCAUCGACUUCACCUCGCCCUUCUUCUCCACCUCGCUAGGCAUCCUGGUGCGAAGCAAGGACACAGCGGCGCCCAUUGGCGCCUUCAUGUGGCCCCUUCACUGGUCCAUGUGGGUGGGUAUCUUCGUGGCACUGCACAUCACCGCCCUCUUCCUCACCCUCUACGAGUGGAAAAGCCCUUUUGGCAUGACGCCACACGGACGCAACCGCCUGCGGGUCUUCUCCUACUCGUCGGCACUCAACCUGUGCUACGCCAUCCUGUUCGGCCGCACAGUCUCCAGCAAGACUCCUAAGUGCUGGACGGGUAGGUUUCUGAUGAACCUGUGGGCCAUCUUCUGCCUGCUGGUGCUGUCCAGCUAUACAGCCAACCUGGCCGCCGUCAUGGUCGGCGAGAAGACCUUCGAGGAGCUCUCGGGGAUCCACGACGCCAAGCUCCACCACCCGUCCCAUGGUUUCAGGUUUGGGACGGUGAGGGAGAGCAGUGCCGAGGAGUACAUGAAGAAGAGUUUCCCAGAGAUGCACGAGUACAUGAGGCGCUACAAUGAGCCCACCACACCUGAUGGAGUGUCCACCCUCAAGGUAGAUCCCCCUCAGCUUGAUGCCUUCAUCAUGGACAAGGCCCUGCUGGACUACGAGGUGUCCAUCGACGCAGACUGCAAGCUGCUCACCGUGGGCAAACCCUUCGCCAUCGAAGGCUAUGGAAUAGGCCUCCCGCAGAACUCCCCUCUGACCAACAACGUGUCAGAGUUCAUCAGUCGCUACAAGUCAGACGGCUACAUGGACAUGCUGCACGACAAGUGGUACAAGGUGGUGCCCUGUGGGAAGAGGGUGUUCGCCGUCACCGAGACUCUCCAGAUGGGCAUCCGUCACUUCUCAGGGCUGUUUGUGCUGCUGUGUGUGGGCGUGGCCACGUCGCUGCUCACCCUGGCUGGGGAGCACGCCUUCUAUCACAUGGUGCUGCCCCGCAUCCGACGACGACAAAAGUACAAGUACUGGCUCCACACCAGCCAGAAAAUCCACCGAGCCCUGAACCAGACCUAUGAGGACGUGAAGAAGAAGCAAGACACCAACACAGAGAAAAGUAGCUGCUGCAUCCAGAAGAACCAGCACCCCCAGCCUCCCCCUGACCCCCUUCUCUCCAGGGCAUCGGCCAAGUGGAACAGCGAGAACAGCAGGGACGCUGCAGCCGCUAAGGACAACAAGCGCGUCCACUUUAACCUGGAGACCCUCAACAGCCGCCGCCUGCUGGCCCGGGCCGUGACCAAGUCCGAAGGGGAGAGAGGGGGGGAAGGUAUCCGCGGGGCUAACCAGGCAACACGUGUCUGUGCAAAUGGAGGCUUCGGGACUUCCUUUGCCAACCUGGUGCUCUCCCUCCCCUCCGCCUCUUCUUCAUCCAUCCCUUCUUCAUCUUCCUCCUUGGGCGUUCCUCCAAGGCCAGGGGAGCUACAAGAGCUACAGGAGAAGAUCGACCUGAUCCGAGAUCAGCUAAGGACGGCUCUGGCCAGGAGGGCUGAGCUGCAGACUUCCCUGGCCAAGGAGAAGGCCGCCUGCUCUGCACCCAUAGUGUCAGGAAUGCCCCCCGUGGUUUUAGCUGCAGCAUCCCUCCCCACCUCCACCAAAACCACCUCGUCCCUCCCCUCCACCCGCUGUGCCACCACCAUGACAGACCCUGUCAAGGCCCUGCCCACAGUCCGCACAGCCCCCGCCAAACACACCAACGAGAAGAGGUGAUGCCCCUCUGGUGUUUGGACACCAAUCAAUGGUGUAGUAAGGGAUUAAAAGGGGAGGGGUUUGUUGAAAGCAGCUGGAUUCCCUUGGUUUGGAUGUAUCCUUUUCCUGUGAUCCUGAUGCCGUAGCAUGGCAGCUCUUUCCCUGGACACCAACCUUUCAACCUUUUGCUACUGGGUGAAAAAUGAAAGAGCUUCUAGGGCAAUUCCUUGUGCUCUACGCUGCCCAACUGCCUCAUAUGGUAAAAUAUGGCUGGUAAAAUGUGCGCAACCUCAGGCCUACUUGAAUACAGUAUAUCGUCCCAUGCGGUGGGGCUGGAGGUACCAGCACGCCCACCCAUGGCGCUGCAUCUGUUCUGUGAACUGAGCCAUUAAACUUUCUAGCGCUCACUCCUCUGCCACAGGACCCGACUCCCGCGGAGGAAUCAGGAGCGGUGCAUUAUGUUUUAUUUCCUUUGAGAUCCGAAUCGAUAUUGUUCACUGGCCUUGAUUGACAUGUUUUUCAAGAAUAAAAGUCUGAUGAAAGUGUUGAUUGUGA